AUGAGUAUUAGCACCACGGACAGCAACUGGCCGCUUACCAAAUUUCGGAACCUGUUGAAGAUAUGCUCACCCAUCAAUUUCUUGGAGUGCGGCUCUGACGAGCUGUUCGUGGGGCGGGCGGGGUACCUGUGCGCUGACCUGGUGGUGAAACAGAAACUGGGGAUUGAGAUUCUUAGCAAGGAUCAGAUCCAGGCCAUUUGCCAGGUUAUUAUAGAGUCUGGUAAACAGUAUGCCACGAGGAAGAGAAAACCCUAUCCUCUCAUGUACUCCUACUAUGGGACUGAGUAUUUGGGUGCAGCCCAUGGCCUGUCGUCGGUGCUGCAGAUGUUGCUGUGUUACCAGGAGGUGCUGAAUGGAGGGGACAGGGAUCUGGUCGGGCAGAUUGUGGACUUCCUCAUGAACUAGGAGCAGAACGGUAACUGGCCGGCCGAGCUGGGAGCCAUGACAGAGAGGGAGAAUGAGCUGGUGCACUGGUGCCAUGGUGCGCCAGGUGUAGCCUACCUCUUUGACAAAGCCUACCUGAUCAAUAGGAAGCCCCAGUACCUGGACACAUGCAUCCGCAGUGGGGAGCAGGUGUGGCUGAAGGGCCUGCUGAAGAAAGGUCCAGGGAUCUGCCAUGGAAUGGCAGGCAGCGCCUAUGUCUUCAUGUUACUGUACUGCCUCACAGGGAACUCCAAAUUCCUCUUUUCUCCCCACAGGUUUGCAGAGUUCCUGUUUACGGAAGAGUUCAAGGUGGGCUCCUGCUCAGUCACCAGUGUUUAUAGUCUGUUUGAGGGCCUGUCUGGAGCCGUUUGCUUCUUGGUUGACCUCCUUCAGCCCGACCAAUCAGAGUUCCCACUCUUCAGUGUGUUUGUGUGA